GGUCUGUGAUUUGGAAGCUCGCUCACUGCACGUCACCCAUUUAUCAGUUUUCCGAAACAGCGGGUAUCUAACUUGAAUCUGGUAGUUGCGACCUAUUAAACACAAAGUUAGUUUCUUUGCCAAAUCGCAGCUGGCUGUAGACCAUCCAGAUGUGACGCACUACGGGGUCAGAAGACCAUUUCUCAGCAGUUCGGUUUCAUUUUGUAGUUCGGGAAGCAGUAAACUAGGAGCUGUUCUAGAAACUAUGUAACAAAAACAUGCAGGGAGUGAAAAGGGCGUCAGUGUUGUUACUUUGUUGCAGCUCUUUGUACAUUGUAUUCCAAGCUCCUUCAUGUGUGUGUUUAGAAUGUCCAUCUGAGACUAAUGCUUCAUGGAAACCAUAUAAGAACAGAUGUUAUGCUUUUUUGGAUGAAUUUUCAAAACACUCCCUUGGUAUAGAAGAUGCAAGGGAACUCUGCAGAGCUUCAGCUUCCAGUGCUGACCUUGUGAGUGUGAAGAGUGAGGAAGAAAACAUGUUUUUAGUGAACACAUAUAGGACAAAUUGGCAGGGUCCUGAAGAAGUUUGGCUUGGCAUGUUUUAUGAUACAGACACGGAUACUUUGAAAUGGUUUGACAACUCAAACGUCUCGUAUUCAAACUGGACAAAGCAACACACUGAAGAUCUGCCACUUGCCGAGAUUUGUGCCGUCAUGCAUAUCAAAUAUGGACACUGGAGCAAGGUGAACUGUGAGGUUUCUUCUAGAACUGGAAUUAUUUGUGAGGCAGCAUUUAGUAAGUUUGGUGACAAGAAGGCUUUGAUUAGUGUGUUGGUCAUCAUGUGUGUCACUUUUGUGAGUAUCUCUACGACAGUGCUUUGGUUCCUCUGUGAAAGAAAACGGACAUCUGUAGAAUCUGCAUCACCAGAGUGUCAUUCAACAGCUCAGACCCCACAUGGUGACAACUGCAUUUUAUUAGAGUCUGAGGAACUUGAACAUGCAGCCGAGGGUGUUUAACAGCUUCACGGACUAUCUGGGAACCAAGAGAAAAAUACCCUUUUCAGUAUUAUUGCUAACUAUAUGAAUUCAUAAGCAGACAUACAUGACGGGGUGUAAAAUGUGAGGAAAGUUGCCUGUUUGUCCAGUUCUGUUAAGAGUUUGAACAUCUGAAAUGUGUUUUUAAAAUAUUCACCCAUAGGGUUUAUUAUUACACAUUCCAUAAAUCUUUAAAUAGUUAUUUCCAGUACUCAAGUGUUUUAGAUCUGCAGUGUCUUAAAAGGCGAUUUUAGUAUUUCCUAACAUGCAGACAUUAUACCAUAUAUGCUUGUUGUAAAAUCAUUAAGAAAAUGUAUAUGUUUUGUACCACUAGCACAGAAAGGAAAAACAAAGUGUUAUUCACCUCAGUAAUGUAUGUUCUUUCAGUGAAUCAGAAAACACACAAUUUGUGCAUCACCUCUGUGAAGUACAUGAUGUUUGAAAAUGAUCAUUUGUUUCUGAAA